UCAAUAUUUGGUUAUAUUUUCAUAACCUUAAUUUCACAAAAUAAUGGCAUCACAUUGGGAAGAAUUUUACUCAACACAUUUACCCCCUACAGACUUUGAAGAUAAUAGAAAGUUACUGAAAGAAUUCUGUGAACGCCACCACAAAACAAAUCAAAGAAUUGUCCUAAUAACUUCGGGAGGUACAACAGUUCCGUUAGAGCAUAAUACAGUAAGAUUUGUGGAUAAUUUUAGUGCAGGGACCAGAGGUGCGGCCUCCGCAGAAUAUUUUUUAGAACAUGAUUAUAUGGUUAUAUUUCUGCACCGUUUGAAAUCGUUGGAGCCAUUUACGAGACAUUUUACGGGGCAAAUGUUCCUCGAUAUGCUAGAAUUGAAUGACCGAGGGCCCAGUACAACAAUUACAGUGAAACCCGAUUGUGUAGACAUUGUCGCACCGAUCUUGGCAAGAUAUAAAAAUGCCCAGGAAGGUGGAAGAAUAUUGUAUGUGACCUUUACUAGCGUAUCCGAUUACUUUUGGCUAUUAAGAGCAGCCUGCGAAUGUUUAGCUGCCUUUCAAAGUAAUGCACUGUUGUACCUAGCCGCAGCCGUUUCGGAUUUUUACAUUCCUUCAAGUGAAAUGCCCACCCACAAAAUUCAAUCACAAAAUGGAGCCCCGACCAUAUCAUUACAAUUAGUUCCAAAAUUGCUGGCGCCUCUUGUGAAUUUGUGGGUUCCACAUGCUUACGUAGUUUCUUUUAAAUUGGAGACUGAUGAAAGUAUUCUCAUCGCAAAAGCUAGAGAUUCUAUUAAUAAAUAUAAACACAAGUCUUUUGGCAAUUAUUUCUAUAAUACACCAAUAUAG